AUGAUGACGCCGACCCGGCACGCUUCCAACCGUAGUCUACCUCCUCUACUUCGUCCUCUCCCACUGUCUUUCCCCUUCCUCGCCUCCUCCUCCCUUCCCCCCGUUUUACCUUGCGCCUCCCCCCCCCCUUCCCCUCUUCCAUCACCUCCUUUUUUUCCCCUCCACCGCCCUCCCCUUUUUCCCUCUUCCCCACCUCUCCUCCUCCACUCCUCCCCGCUUCUCUUUCUCCCCGCCUCACAUCCUCCCCUCAUCCCCUCCCCCAUCUGCCCACCGCGCCCCCCCUCCUCUCCUCCUCCCGUCCUCCCGCAACCCCUCCACCUCUCCUCCCUGCCUCCAUGUGCGCGUCAACAGGCGUGGAGGGUGGCGGGGAGCACCAAAGCAGCGGUGGCGGCGGAGGAGGUGGGCAAGUUCCACGCGGGGGAGAGCUACCUGGUGCAGCACACGUCCAUCCGCGACCGCAAGCACGAGUACCUGCUCUUCCUCUGGAUGGGCAAGGACACCUCCGCUGCGGAUCGCACGGCAGCCACGGCGCUGGCAGUGCGAACCAUGGAUGGGCUCAGAGGCAACGUCACUCUGGUGAGCGCCCUGCCCGCCCCACUCCCUCAUGCUGCCCGCCCUGCUUGCUCAUGCUGCCCGCCCCGCUUGCUCAUGCUGCCCGCCCCGCUUGCUCAUGCUGCCCGCCCCGCUUGCUCAUGCUGCCCGCCCCGCUUGCUCAUGCUGCCUGCCCCCAUUGGGCGUAUCGGUGUGCGGGUGGUGCAGGGCAGGGAGCCAGAGCAGUUCCUAUCGCUCUUCAAGAGCCACCUGCUCUUCCUCAAGGGCAAGGCAGCAGAGGCGUAUGAUGCGGUGGGCAUCGCUCUCUUCCGAGUGCGGGCGCGCGACAACGGGCUCAUCCUGGCCGUCCAAAUGGACACGGUGCCGCGGUCGCUCAACUCAUCGGAGUGCAUGCUGCUGCAGACCCCCGCCAACCCAUUCCUGUGGGUGGGCAGAAACAGCACUGAGGCCGACAAGGCCGCCGCCACCACCGCUGCUGAAAUCUUCAAGCCCGGAGUGGCACUGAAGCAGCUGGCGGAGGGGAAGGAGACGUCGGUGUUCUGGGGGCAUCUGGGCGCCAAGGGGGACUACCCCGCGCAGCGCGAGCAGAGGGAGGCGCAGCGGGAUGCGCGCCUCUUCCACUACACUGGCACUGCAGGUGACUAUAGCGAGGUGGUGGAGGUGCCCAACUACGAGCAGGAGGAUCUGAUCAGCGAGGACGUGAUGCUGCUGGACACGCACAGCGAGGUGUUCGUGUGGGUGGGCGUCAACCUGCCCGACAAGGACAAGAAGGACGCCUUCGAGUACGCGCAGCGGUACGUGGAGGCGGUGGCGGGCAGCGAGGGGCGGUCGAAGGAGGUGACCAUCAUCCGCGUGGUGGAGGGCUUUGAGCCGCCCAUGUUCACCUGCCACUUCCAUUGGGACCCCACCAAGACUGCUGCCUUUGUGGACCCGCACGAGCGCAAGCUGGCGCACCUGCAGGGCCGCGAGGUGGAGCUCUCCGACGCUGCCAAGCGCAAGCUGGCAACACUUGGCCUAGCAUCAUCCCACCCCGCCGCUGCUGCUGGCGCUGCUGCCGGCGGUGCCGCUGCGGCACCAGCAGAUGCUGAGCCGGCCGCAGCAGCCCCGCCAGCAGAGGUUGUUGCUGCUGCGGCUGCACACGCUGCCAAGGAUUCAGCAUCCUCUCAGAUGGCAGCAGCAAUGGCUGCCCUUAAGGGCUCCAUUAGGGGGGUGCCCACCAAGCCUGAUCCUGCCGCUGCUUCUCCUGCUGCUGCCGCACCUGCGCCCAUGGCUACGCCCGAGCCUGCUCCCGCUGAGGAGGUUGCGGCGCCCAUGUCUGCUGCUUCUCAGCGCGCUGCUGCCAUCGCUGCCCUGUCGGGCACUCUCACUGCGGAGAAAAGGAAGAGUGGUGGAGGAGCAGCAUAUUCCAUCCCCAAGGUGCAAUCGCCCGCUGCCACGGCUCGCUCACCAUCCUCCACGCCCGAACCACAGCCUGCUGCCAGUCCCGCUGCCGUCACGCCCUCCUCCCCCGUGCCCGCCCCCAUCCCCGAGGGAGACGAGCCCUCGGAUGCGGCGGGCACUGAGGCAGCAGUGGAGGGCGCCGUGUACGCCCUGGAGAGGCUCACAGUCAACAGCACGGACCCUGCUCCUGGCAUCGACACCAAGAAGCGAGAGGCUUAUCUGUCUGAUGCGGACUUCCUCCAAGCGUUCGGAUGUGAUAAGGAGGCUUUCUACAAGCAGCCCAAGUGGAAGCAGGAUACCAAGAAACGCUCGCUCCACCUUUUUUAA